GUUUGCUGUAGUUUGGACAGAUGUCCAGAGUAUGUUUCAACUUUUAACAUCCUUUUGAACUUUUGAUUUUUAAAAGACCUUUUAGCAAUUACUUAUUUUCUCUUUCUAUUCUCUGAUUAAGCAAAUUUUUAUCGGAACACAAACUAAUUGACUAACUAUUUGGAAAGUCAGAACAAUAACAGGAUUUCUCGCCAUUUUUUGAUCUGAUUUUAUUUUUUUCAUUUUUUGAUACGAUGGGUAUUUGGACAGGAUAAUCUGUCUUUUAUUGUGAAUUUAUAGCGACAAAAAAAUGAAAAAUUCAAAAAAUAAGAAUAAAAAACCUAAUGUUACAUUUGAUCACAAAAAGACAAAAGAAGGACCGAAGAGCAGAGAAUCGCAAUCUGAUUCUGAACAUCUUCAUGGCGUCAAGGCUGAUCGUCAAAUCAGUUGGUGGAACGAAAUUGACAACGAGCACAAAGACGUUUUGAGUGCCGACACCGACAACGAAGCUGACCAAUCGAGCUGUAAAGUCGACUACUUCGAUAAGGAUCUGGACGACGAGGAUGAGAGCAAUAAUAACACAGUGGAGAUGAUUGAAAACGACAAGUCGGAAAAUGUUAAUUCUAUAAAUGGCAACGCUUCAGAUGAGGCAAUAAAAGAUGUCUCAAAAGCAAAUGUUGCAAACUUUUCGCGAUCGAAAUCGCUCGCUGAUUUAGGAGAUAAUGAAACGCCAGAAGUAGUUGUUUUGCCCAGAUCCAAUACUGAUAUUGAUGAGCUCAUUGAAGAAAAAAACGAUGAUGGCAAUUUGCAUGACAGCAAAGAAAGCGACUGUGAUGACAUGGAUUCUGUGAACCCGCCCCUACCACCUUAUGUUCCAAAUGCUCCUCCCGAACCCCCUCCGCCAAAUGGCGAAGAAUCACUGACGUACUUGUUCUUCAUAAGAAACUGUUUCUUGGAUUGCAGUGCGCACGGGUUUCCUAGGGCGAUAGAGUCGCCGACUCAAUUUAGAAAGAUCGCUUGGACUAUGUUUACAUUGUGCUCAAUAGGAGCUUUUGUGUACCAGUCCUACUUCCUGGUUAUGGAUUAUUUAACUUACCCCACAUCUUUGAGCAUCUCGAUGGAUUUGCAGACCUCUGUGCAAUUUCCUUCGGUCACCCUCUGCAACUUCAACAAGUUCCGACUUUCAACCCUACCUGAGAUAGAGGAGUUGGGACACGUGAACGACUUCGAACUGAUCCUGGCGAAGAAUCUGGAUGCAAUUGCGGAAGAGCUUCUGCAGAGUACUCAGCGAGAAUCUGAACCCAUGUUGUACGAUAUUGUCAUGAUCCUGUCCACUAGUAACCCAAGCUUGGCUCUGGAGGUCGAAGAUGACAAAAAGGGCAAAAUCACCAUGGAAAAUGCAGACCCAAGUGAACCCAGGCAGCGCUUCUUCCUGAACAGAAACUCAGGUUCUAUCGUCUCAAAUGCGACUGGCCGCUGCCUCAUUACUAAAGACAACGAGGCUGAAGACUUGAUUGAAGCACCCGAGGAGAGCUGUAGUGACAGGUUCAAGACGUGGGUGAUUCGAGACACAGAGAGCACCGCCAUCUACAACUCAGCGGGGAUGGCUUUCGCGGUGAAUGACACUAACGAGGCUGGUAGUGCGGUACUGCUCCAACCACAGGACUUCAAUGACCCACUCCAGUUCUUCACGCCCACUUUAGUUCACCAAGUUACACAUUUGGAUUGCUUUACACAAAAGGGUGACGCGUGUGUGUUUCCUGCCUACAACGAUAGGCGUGUGAAACACAUCGGCUGUUCCCAAGAGUUCGACCCCGACGAGCAGACUCCCUUCUGUCCCACAGAGGUGACUGAUGGCAAGGCUGAUAAGGUGGCAGAGUGUAACCUCGAAAUAUGCGUCGCAGAAGUAUUUUGCCCGAGAAACGUGUUUGAAGCUGCGAGCUACGAUUAUCCAGGCAUUGGAGGAAUACCUGGACACUUUUCGGGCGAGAGUAAACGUCGCCAGAAGCGGUCGCCAGUCGGCAAUGGGAGUCAUAUAGCUUCACCUUUGAAUCCUUACGUAGGGUUAGAAUGCGCCGCGUACGAAUAUGAUCUAUGGAAAGGGGAGUAUGUCGCGACUGGAGCAAAUACUUGCGUGAGACCGGAGAAGCUGACGGCGUCUGUGAAUAAUUUAAACAUCAUUGCCACCUAUAAGAACUACUUUAUUUGCGAUGGCAACAAUGAUUGUUACGAGAGAGAUGAUGAGGCGAUUGAACUUUGCGGCAACUGUUCCAAGAAUGAGUUCGAGUGCAACACUGGCGAGUGUCUUCCCAUCGAUCUUCGUUGUGACAGUAUCAUGCACUGCAACGACGGGUCUGACGAACUGGCCAAAUACUGCAAACCAGCUGCGGACAAGUUUGUGUGUGCGACAUACAAUGAACUGGUAGAUGUGGAGGACGUGUGCAAUUCAAUCGUGGACUGUUUCAGAGACCUCAGUGACGAAAUCGGAUCUGGUUGCAACGAGACCUAUGAAGCAUCUUCACCCGGAGGUGAAUAUCUGGCCUGUCAGCAUCCGAACAGCAAAAACUGGAUAGCACUGGACAAGUCUAAUAUCUGUGAUGGAGUGGAAAACUGUCUAAAUGGGGUGGAUGAAGUUGCUUGUUGGAAGAAUAAUCUUCACCUCUGGAUUGACCCUUUCGAAGAACUGAACCAAAAGUACAAUGAGUACGCAGAAACUGUGCAGCAGAGGCCGAAUGACGUCAAGUUUUACCGUCUAGUGAGUGAGAAUGCCACCGUUAGGUCGGGACACGAACUGAAAAACAUGCUCAUCAGGUGCUCGUUCAACAACCACGCCUGCAACGAGACCACGGACUUUACGGAAGUGUUAUCAGAGAAGUACGGUCGUUGUUAUCAGUUCAGCGACACCAGACCUCUCUUCAAUGGUGGACGCGGAUACGGCCUGGAACUUUUUCUGAACCUGGAGUCUUAUGAGUACAGUGGAUCCAUGACAGACACCUUGGGUGUGGCUCUCUUCAUCUCCCCCUACUCCCCCUCCCGCUUCUUGGAUCCUACAACUGUGUUGCCAGUGUACCCCGGAAUGCACACCACCAUAGGAGUUCAGAGAAAUGCCAUUAUUCGACUGGGUGACCCAUAUGACGACUGCGGCGAGUACGGGACCAGAGAUAGACCCUAUUUGAACAAAAAGGAAUGCAUUUUCAACUGUGUACAGUAUGCCAAAUUGGCCCGAUGUCAGUGCUCAGACAACAUCGAGUACUCUAAGCUGUUGUGUCGUCUCAACGACACCGAGAGUCAGGAGUGUGUGAAGUGGGUGGAGGGAGGAUUUCUGCCGGAGAGGGACUGCGAUUGUCCCCCCGAGUGCCACCUGGACUACUUGGACACCAGACUCGAACAGUCCUUCUGGCCCAGCAUGAACUCCUUCCCCUCGUCGAUAGUGCAAUCGUACCAAAGUGUGAACUCUUCUGUUGGCGUGCAGUACAUGUAUGACACGAUCAUGCCCUACCUCACAUCUGGUGGCCAACAGGAGGCGCUGUCACGAUUCAGACAAACCUUUGCCAAAGUGAACGUGUACUUCUCUGACCUUACGCUCACCACAAUGGAAGUCACUCCCUCAUACACGUUCGAGGGGCUCGUUAGUGGGCUCGGAGGACUUCUUGGGCUGUGGAUAGGACUGUCGAUGCUCAGCAUCUGUGAGUUAUUCGACGUAGUUCUAGAUAUGUACGGAUUAUGGCUCCUUCGAGAGAAACGCGAAAAGUACAAGCACCUCGAAAACACUAUAAUUCCUGGAACCCUGCAGACCGCUCAGAAUCAACCACACGGAUCCCAACAUGCUGUACAAAACGAGUCUGAGCAGCAGACGUCAACCCGACCACCCCCUAGAGGGAGAGGUAAACGAGGAAGGAAGCGAAACAAGGGGAGGAUGAUGAUGUCUGUUGCUGCACCAAGGCAGAACAACCAAGUGUCCGACUCGUCUCUUUUGUAUCCUCCGAUAAUGACGGCAGCAAAUAUGACCACAGGAGGAGACGAUGAUCAAAAUAGAGAUCACAUUCUCCUCUUGGCGGCUUGAAUUAUCAUAUCUCCUGAUUCUGCCAAAAAUUACUGCCUCGGCGAAGAUACAGCAAAUACUAGAAAACAUAUACGGAUCUACUUCUAAUCUAAGCCCCCAUUUGUAGCACGUUUGGAGUACUAAUAUACCCCCCCCCCCCCCAAUAAUUUGGUUUUGGAAGACAAAACAUGACUAUAGCACUAAUGAUGGAAACAGUGAAAAUGAGUUUUCUUUAUGGAAUCAUAAAAUUUCGAAAAGUUCCAAAGUUGAUUCAUCAGAUUUU